AUGGGCGACUGCCACCUACGACUGAUUAUUCCUCCUCCCUCUUCGGCACGCCAGCGUCGAGCAUCCUUGGCAUCGGGACUCUCUUUUACAGACUACCUUUCUAGGUCAGGCAGCCAAAGUGCUACUGCGGGCGCUUCGCCUGGCCCCAUGACUAAUUCGGUGGCUGGAACCCAACCGAAUCAUGGACGACGCCUGUCAAUAACUACACUGGGACUCUCUGGUUCCCCAACACAGACUUCCCCUUUUGGAAACCGAAAUCUCCGACAUGGCAGUGUGUCCAGCUCCGUGGGCUCCAAUCCUGCGAACCUCGAGGAAGCCGUCAUGGAGGACAGCGAGAAUGGACCUCUCAGCGCUGCUCCCAAUUCUCCGUUUACACGACGUCUUUCAUUUGGCGCACAUGCAUUACGAGAUGCUCGGGGAGGAAGCAUUGGUAAUGGUAGAUAUCCCUCUCCUGGGACCCCGGUGAGCGAUGUAUCUAACCUUUCUUGGCGAGAAAUAGGCGAAGGCUUCAACUGGUCUGAAGCUCUACGAUCCCGGGCCGAGCGAGCUCCUUCUUUGAGCGCUGUUUCGCCCAAUUCAAAUCAGAAUAUAGCAAACGCGGGUCAACACGGCUACCAAGUUCAUCAUCAACGGGCCGCCUCAGUUGCCUCAAUGGAGCAACCGGCUCGCGAAAUACCAAAGCAACCCAAGCAGAAUAAGCCGGACUUUUUCCAGGAAAAAAUACUUCGGGGUGAUUUUAUGGACUGA